GUCACCAUUUUCAUGCGCAAAAAAAAAUCUUCAAAACACAGUUCCACCACCACCGUCCACACUUCAACGCAGAAUCACCGCGCCCUUUCAACUCCGCCACAAUCCCCACCACACCACACCCUCUCAUUUCAACCACAAUCCCAAUUCUACCUCAUCAAUCUCCAAACUCAUUUUUUUUGCUUCGAAUUCGCAUUUCCAAACAAGCUUUUGUUUUGCUUCGAAUUCGCAGAAAUGGAAUUAGGGUUAGGGUUAGGAUAACACUUCGCAAUUCUCGAAUCGUUUUUGUUCAUGCGUCGCUUUCAAGUUGCAUUGCGUUUCGCAGCUGUAGAAAUUUUCGCUUAAUUGAUAAUUUAGGGUUUGUGUUGUUGAAAUGUCGAAUAGUUCGAGGGGUCGAGUUACCAUUACUCUUGGACGCAGUGGUCAGGUUGUGAAGAGGGACGUAUCUGCUGGGGAUGUUGCUUACUCUUCUUCUAUGUCUUCAGCUGGGACUAAGCGGUCUGUGAGAGACAGGAUUGGAAGUAAUGGAGAUGGUUCCAUGUGGCAUGGAAAUGGACUCAGCGGCAAUAAACGACAUCGAGGAGAUGUAAGCAUGCAAAAUGGACUGGAUGAUCGGCGUAUUGGCAAAGAUGAUCUCCGAAUGAAACUCAUACAAAAAAGUGCGUCUAGGAGGACCGAAAGUAAUGAUGGCAGUAAGAGGAAUAUUGAUCUCCGUGAAAAAUUGUCAAAGACAGCUCACCCUCCGACAAACAGUUUUAAUUCAAAGCAGCGCAUGCCUGAACAAAGGGAAACAAGCAUGUUCAGACCAGUUUCCUCAGCUAGAAGUUCUGAUGAUAUAAUGCGUAUGGAAUCGAUGAGAAGCCCAUACUCUCCUUGGACACUGGAUCAAAUUCGACAAAGAUCACCAGAUGGGUUUCCAAGUACUUCCAGGGGGAUUUCCCCCCAAAGAAAUGUUGGAGACCUACAGGGAAGGCCAGUAAACAGGACACAUGAUGGCGUCAGACCAGUUUCAUAUGCAGGCAGGGAUGUUCAUGAAACUUCAAGGCCUCCAAGUGCUGCACCUUCAUCUUUCAUGUCACGACCCACAAUAUCUACAUUGCCUCCGGUAACUGCUAAGCCUGUAGCCUCUCAUCCUAGACAACUUCCUCCAUCAAGCAGUGUUGCACAAAGGCCUCCAUUUGUGGGCGAUGAACAGCAACCACAAACUGUUGAUGGCCUGUUACAAAUACUGGGACUACAAAAAUAUCAAAUUCUUUUCAAGGCCGAGGAGGUGGAUAUGACUGCAUUGAGGCAGAUGGGAGAAAAUGACCUCAAGGAGCUUGGAAUUCCUAUGGGUCCAAGGAAAAAACUUCUUCUUGCACUCAUGCCCCGUAAACGUCAACAGUGAUGACUUUCUUUUUGUGCUUGAUGCUGAAAUUGACACCUUGUUGGAUCCCAGGAUUUUAUAACAAAAUACAUUAGGUGAUGUUAAAUUGCACCUCUGAGAAAUUUUACUAAUAUACAUCCUUUGUUCGGUGUGGGGUUCGAAUGUCCCUUGUAUUCACUUAUCUCACAUUUUUGCAUUCAAGAACAAGUAUCAGUUGAAAUUUUUGUUGGAAAUAUUGGUCCUGUAAUAUAUUUUGUGCUUACUUAUUAUAAUUGAAAUUAAUAGGAACCAGAAUCAAUUUUCACUAA